CUGAUCCCUAGGUGACAGAGACAUCCCCUGGCAAUUGAGUAAUAAGGAUCAUUGGUUCGAGACGCAUGGGAAAUGAAUCGCUGGUACAUGGAGGACACUUGUUGCUCGAGCGUGACGUAAGUGGCUGAUGGCAUACGAAGAGGACGAAGAAGGAAAAAAACUCGGCUAACAUUUUUUACCCCUCGAAAAUGAUUGAAAGACAGCUGUCUCAACGCCGGUGACAAACGCGCAAUGUCCAGUCGCUGGACAUGUCCUCGCGAAACUGAACGAAAAUACAUGUCAACGAAUGACGAUAAACUUGGAAUGAGAGAAGAAUUUUUGACUCGCUGAUGGAAAUGAAUGGGUCUUUGUGUCGAGUGCACUGAGAGAUCGAGGAUUAUCGUUGGAGCGAGUGAUAAUACCGGGGGAAUUAUUGGAAAGGAGAGGAGGGACUGUCGGGAGAGAGUGUGGAAGUACGCGGCUGCGGCGGCGGCAGCGGCUGCGGCGACCUUUGGAAGGCUGGAUUACAUCCGUGGAAUGUCUUCGGGGGCCAAGCGGCUUGUCCAGUCGCUCAGGGGCCGCGGUACUGGUCCCAGCAGUCGUAAUGAGAGUGGGGGAGGGGCUGGAGCCAGUGGACCAAGCACAAGUGCAACGAGAUUGUGUCAUUAUGACAGUGGACACGAGCUUGAUGAGAUAUCUGUGGUCGGGGGAACGCCGACGACUCCCUGCCACUGUCCGGGCUUGAAGUAUGGAAGUGGACAGACUUUGUAUAGUAUUGCUGCAUCUGUGCCAACUGCGCCUGGAUCGACGCUGCUGGCGACCGGGAACAGGAGCAAUACCUCAGUGGGGAAUCCAGGAAGCGGCGGAAGGACUGAAUUCAAGAGUGGGGAAGCAAUAUUGCGCUCCGAAGAUGACUCAAAGAGUGUUGAGAGUGCAGCGUCGAGAUCUCGCCAGAGUCUCCUAGAUUUCGUUGGUGGGAGAUUUAUAUCGCGAAAUCCCACACCGAAUAGGUACUACCACCCGGCCCAGAAUCGUCAGGAUCAGUCGCGAGGUCGUCAGGAGCAGCAGAUUUAUUCUGUCUCCCAGAGAUACUUCGGCUCGUCGAGAGACUCGUUGCACGCUGCAUACGUUAAUCGGGGCGCCAGCGAGCUAGAUCUCAGCAGAAAGCCGAGGCGAAAGGAUCAGUCAAGGGGCAAGUUAAAAUUUCCGAAUGUGUCUGGCCUCGGCUCGACGAGGGAGAGCCCACACAUUCGCACAUUGGUAUCGACGAAUCACCUUAAUAACAACGGCAGCUGCAACGGCACCGAGACGAGGUAUACAGCACAGCAACAGCAGCAGCAGCGCGGCAGCCGAGGAUAUCCCGGACAAAUGGGCACGAGGGGUUUUCGAACGGGUGCACCAAAUUGGUCGUUCGUCUUCGAUCCAGCCGGCAGACUCUGUUAUUACUGGUCAAUGGUCGUCUCUCUCGCUUUUUUGUACAACUUUUGGGUCAUUAUCUACAGGUUUGCCUUUCAGGAAAUAAACGGAGAAACCCUCGUGGUCUGGUUCUGCCUCGACUACUUCUCGGAUCUUCUCUACCUAGUCGACAUAGUCUUUCACUUUCGCACGGGUUACCUCGAAGACGGUGUACUGCAGACAGACGCUGUCAAACUGAGAAAUCACUACAUGAAUAGUACGACCUUCUACAUCGACUGUCUGUGUCUGCUGCCCCUCGAUUUUUUGUACUUAUCAAUAGGAUUUAACAGUAUCCUGCGGAGUUUUAGACUGGUUAAAAUCUAUCGAUUCUGGGCGUUCAUGGACAGAACCGAGCGACACACAAAUUAUCCGAAUUUAUUUCGCUCUACCUCCCUGGUCCACUAUCUCCUUGUAAUAUUCCACUGGAACGGGUGCCUCUACCACAUUAUUUAUAAGAACAAUGGUUUUGGGAGCAAAAAUUGGGUGUUCGACGAUUCGGAAGAGGCGGACGUUGUUAAGCAGUAUCUCCAGAGCUACUACUGGUGUACAUUGGCACUAACCACUAUAGGCGAUUUGCCGAGGCCAAGAAGCAAGGGCGAGUAUUUGUUUGUUAUAGCUCAACUACUCUUUGGUCUACUGCUAUUCGCCACAGUUCUCGGUCAUGUUGCUAAUAUCGUGACUUCGGUUAGUGCAGCACGUAAAGAAUUUCAAGCUAAACUUGACGGCGUCAAGACGUACAUGCGAAUGCGUCGAGUGCCCAAUCAUCUUCAGGUCAAGGUCAUCAAGUGGUUUGACUACUUGUGGUUGACGCAAAAGUGCUCGGACGAGGAGAGAGCUGUAAGCUGUCUCCCCGACAAACUCAAGGCGGAGAUUGCGAUAAAUGUGCACUUGGACACGCUGAGGCGAGUGGAGAUAUUCCAGAAUACGGAAGCCGGUUUUCUCUGUGAACUCGUCCUCAGGUUGAGGCCAGUGCUGUUCUCACCGGGGGAUUACAUUUGUCGAAAGGGUGAGGUGGGAAAGGAGAUGUACAUCGUGAACAGGGGCCGCCUGCAAGUGGUCGCUGAUAACGGAAAAACAGUGCUAGCAACACUGAAGGCCGGCUCGUACUUCGGGGAAAUCAGCAUUCUCAAUAUGGGGACUGCAGGUAAAGAGUGCGGUAAUCGACGUACAGCAAGUGUACGAUCCGUCGGUUACUCUGAUCUCUUCGUAUUGAAAAAAAAGGACAUGUGGGAUGUACUUAAGGAGUAUCCUGCAGCUAGAGUGAGGCUCGAGUCGAUAGCUGUUAAGAGACUUGAAAAGUACAAAAGAGCACCACUCGAGAAAGCUGCGAUGGGCCGAAGCCAGAGCACUCCGGGAUUGAUAGAGUCCCGGGGUCGAGUGCCCCUGGAGGAGAUGUGGAUAUCACCACUGGAAUUACGAACCGCCCGUUCCCUUUUCUCCCCGAGUCCGAGCCCGAUAACAGGUUCCUCGAUCCAUGGACUGAGGUCUGCGGAUGUUGAGGGUGCACCUGUUAUUGGGGCUCCAACAGCACCUAGUAGGAGUGCAGAUAGUCCGAUGAGUGCUACCAGCAGUGGGAGGAGCAGUGAGGAUCAUACGACAAGAGCUCCUCGGUCUACGGCGACUCAAUUGUCGAUUGGAAAACAGUCUACACAUUCAGGAAUGACCUGCAACAGCAUGACUCAACUAGUAUCGGAGGGUGCGGUAACCCCGAUCCUAGCAGUGAGUAGUCACGAAGCCCUUCUCGCCGAGAUAAAGCGUCUCCGUGAGCGUCUAAUCUGUCUCGAAACCGAGAAUGCCUCGAUGAGUGUAAAACUCAAUCAGCAGCAGUGGGAGGUCGAGCACAGAUUGGCGGCAAUAGAGAUGGAAAUAUGCGGGGCAAGUUCGACAUCGAGUAUAGAAGACAACGAGCGCAACCGGGAGUCUAUCAUUUAACGAGAA